AAACUCUCCAGUCUAGAUUCUGGUGUCAGCUCUGUUCCUUUCCGCUCGGCCACCACCACCUCCCCUCCCGGCCCUCUUCCAACCCGCGCAGUCUUCCCAAGAAUUCUAAGUCUGGAAGAAAGAGAGGAAAGCAGGUGUCCAAUUGGCCUUCCCCGCCCCCGCACCCACACAGGCAAGCAUCGCGUCUCCGCCCGCUCGCGAGGAUCCAGGUUAGCGGCUCUCACCCCAGGCUGGAAUCAUCAGCGCCUUAGGCGGCCAAUAGGUGGCUGGGCAGAGGCGCGCGCCUUCGACAGAGCGGAGGACACGGCUCAGGAGUGCGGCUCCCGGGAGACCAUGGAGCGCCCAGUGAGAGUGAAGGCGUGGGUGGAGGAGAACCGGGGCUCCUUCCUGCCCCCGGUCUGCAACAAGCUCCUGCACCAGAAGCAGCUCAAAAUCAUGUUCGUGGGGGGUCCCAACACCAGGAAGGACUACCACAUCGAGGAGGGUGAGGAGGUAUUUUACCAGCUGGAGGGGGACAUGCUUCUCCGAGUCCUGGAGCAAGGGAAACACCGGGAUGUGGUCAUUCGUCAGGGAGAGAUCUUCCUCCUGCCUGCUGGGGUCCCCCACUCGCCGCAGAGGUUUGCCAACACAGUGGGGCUGGUGAUUGAGCGGAGGCGGCUGAAAACAGAACUAGAUGGGCUCAGGUACUACGUAGGGGACACCACGGACAUCCUGUUUGAGAAGUGGUUCUACUGCGAGGACCUCGGCACGCAGUUGGCCCCCAUCAUCCAGGAGUUCUUCAGCUCUGAGCAGUACAGAACGGGAAAGCCCAACCCUGACCAGCUGCUCAAGGAACCACCAUUCCCCCUGAGCACACGAUCCGUCAUGGCGCCCAUGUGCCUGGAGGCCUGGCUGGAUGGCCACCGCAAGAAGCUGCAGGCGGGCACACCCCUCAGCUUGUUUGGGGACACCUAUGAGAGCCAG